GAAAGGCCUCGUGAGAUCCGCGCCCCUCCUUGGAGAGUUGCUACACCGCCUGCUCCACCAGCUUUUCCUCCCCCCCCACCUGCCAUCUUGCCGCCGCCACCAGCAGUUCCGCGAGCUCCAGCAAUUCCGCCAGCUCCACCAGUUCCCAUGCGAGUGGCCCCAGAAUUCCCCUUCCAAUUGCCGCCCCCAGCAUUCCAAGUUGUGCCACCUGUGCCAACUGUGCAAGUGCCAGCGGAUGUGUAUGCCAGACUGGCACAGCUGGAGAUGAGCUUGCAUCACAG